AUCAAUUUUAGAUAAAAAAUCAAUGGGUGAGAACAUAUGCCCGCACAAACCAAACACCCCCCCUCCCCCACUGAUUUCUGUCUCUUUCACAAUCUUACCCCUCCCUAUUUUUCACUCUCACUCUUUCUCUCUCUCUCCCCUGCAUCUCCCACUCGUUACCGCUUGUCAUCGCCAUCGCCUCACAGUUCGAUUUCUUCAAGAAAGAAAUGUCAAUGUUGCUAUCCGCGAUGAGCGUGACCUUAAUACUAUUCGCAUUUGUGAGACGAAGACAAAGCAAUAUCAAAGGCCAUCCCUUCUAGUAAAGGAAAGAAAAAUGCACAUCAUGUGGCUAGAUGUGUAUAUCCAUGAUUACUUAGUGAAAAGGGAUCUAAAAGCUACUGCACAGGCUUUUCUAGCUAAAGUAAAAGUAUCCUCUAACCCAGUUGGUAAGCAAAAAAUAGAAUGUAAGGAUAAAGCCUAUCUGAGUUGUGAAUUCAGUUUUUUCAUUUACAAUUCUUUUGAAAUACUGGAACAUGGAUAUUUCAACUAUUGAUGCUCCUGGUGGCUUUCUGUUCGAGUGGUGGUCUGUAUUUUCGGACAUAUUCAUUGCUAAGACAAAUGAGAAGCACUCAGAGGUUGCUGCAUCGUACAUUGAGUCAUCAAAAGGUCUUGCAAGGCUCAGUCUAUUCUUAGAACACUCACAAAAAAGAAGACAUGACAUUAAUUAGCGAAUCAACGUUGGAAGGGGAGGCGAGCGGCUGAACCAACUUCGGCUACCAACAGCGGCUCGCUCCAACAUCCAACGACUGCCUCUUCAAUCUGAGUUUGUAAUUUUUAUUUAUGUAUUUUAUAUAAAUUUUGUAUAUAUUGAAGUAUAUUUUAUAUAAAUUUUGUAUAUAUUGAAGUAUUGAGUUUUAAUUAUAUUUUGAUUAAUUUA